UUUGUUGGAGAAGAUCAUGUUGAAGAUGGCUCUCCAACAGUUUGUGAGCAGAUUCACUCUGCUGACCCUUCUGCUUUGCUCAGGUGGUCCUCCAGUGGUUGCGACUGGAAAUUCCACAUUUGUUGAUAAUGGAUCUCCAGAAACUUCCCCUUGGAUGGUUUAUUUCUACAUAAAUUCUGAACUUAAGUGUGUAGGGUCACUGAUCACAGACCAGUGGGUGCUUGCUGAGAGAUUUUGUUCACCAAGAAUUGGUGACAACAGUACAGAAGUUGUUCUGGGUAUACAAAAUCGCCUCAGUGAUAACCCCAAUGCAGUGAAGAGAAAUCUGGUUGAUUCUGCUUGUAACAGCGAGUCCAUACAAGCGAGGGUAUCUGAAAUUUGUUUCUUCAAGUUGUCAAGUCCAGUUAGCUUUACAAACGACAUCCAGGCAAUUCCCUUAGCCUCAAACAUGAGCACCUUCUAUAACAACACUUCCAUCUGGGGCUCUGUAUUUGAAACAGGAUAUACAAAUCAAACUUUUGAAUCACUGAGGGAGGUUAAAGCAUCAAUCGUGAGCAACGAUCAGUGCAAAUUUCUAAAUCAGCCAAUUAAAAUGGUGGAGCGCGAGAGGUGUGUUCAACUGGAAGGAUCCAGUCCAUGUCAGACAGUCGAGGGAUCUCCACUUCUUACUAAAGUCCGUUGUCAAUGGGUUCUACUUGGAAUUCAUAAUUUCAUGUCAGUUUCUUGUACCGGCCCAGUAAUCUUCACCAGUGUGUCCCCGUAUCAGGAAUGGAUCCAUAAAACUAUCAGUGGCAUGCGACCAACCUUUGUUACCGUUGAUUCUACCGGCAGUGACAAGAACUUUACAUGUUCAACAGAAAUAUCUGCAGGCUCUACUUCUACAACUGCUACAGCUAAUACUAUGACUACUACUGCCAAUACAACUCCUACAACCACUCCUACUACUACUACCACCAUGGACAGUACUGGAACAACUACAACAACCACAACUACUCGUACUCCCACUACUACGGAUGACAGUAUUUUCAGUGGCUGUGACAACCUGAUCCACUUCCUUCACUUCUUCUCUCUGUGUUCUCUUGCUUUGUUUCUCCAUGUUCUUUUUGAUAGCAGUGAAAUGUAAAAGCAAAGACCAUCGUUCUUCAUCUCUGUGUCCUGGUAUCAGGACUAGAUUUGAAAAGUCAUCGCUGGCAUGGAAUCAACUUUUGCUAUUGUCAAUUUCACUGGAAUGAUCCUGACAGAAAACUCAUAUAUUCAAACGAAACAUGUAACGCUACUUCUACUGCAACUGCUAAUGGCAAGACUACUAUACUUACGACUCCUAACUGUUGUUUGUAAGAAUUAAAGUUUCAAUAAAUUCUCUCAUAAUUAGUACUAUAGUUAUUUCUACAACAAUGUUUUGUAAGACUUCUCCUUGUACAUUUACUACUACAGUCACUAUUGGCAAGACUACUCCUGCAAUUUCGACUAUAACUACUAUCAGCAUGACUAUUUUUACUCCUAAUACUGCUGAUUACUGUAUGCUCAGUUUUGGGGGCAACCUGAGCCUCUUUGCUUGCUUAUUUUCUGUCUGCUUUUUCUUUUCUUUUUUUUUUGUGUUCUUAUUGGUGGCAGUGACAUGAAAAAGAAUCUAUCUAAAUAUGAUUUUUAAGUGUUUCUUGUGAAAAUUUGGGGGUUUAUGACUCUGAAGAAGUACAAAAUAAAUAAAACUCAAACAUU